AAUAUCAUUAUUGAUCUGAUUUCCUGUUUGGACUGCUAAGAGCAGUUGUACAAGCUGGCCAGAGUCUUUUCUUCUCCUCAAAAUUCUAACAUUAUCAACCUACUUCAAAUCUAUGAUAAGAAAAUCUAGUAAACACUAAACACGAGAUCUUACAAUGGAAUUGUGUUGUAAUUUUAUGUUAGAUGCAUGAUUAGUGUACAAUCAUAAGUGUAUAGACCAUGCAUUAGUGCACUACUGUAUAUAACUAUAUAUAUACAGAUUGGUGGAUUCUCUUACGCAAGAAACUAAUAUACAGCUACGUUUGAGAUAAAAGAUGGGCACAUUUUGGGCAACUUGGGUAUGUUAUGCAGUUGCAGGAUGUGUGUUAGCUACUUAUGCAGCUGCAGAGACAAAACCUUAUAGUUAUGUAUCUCCACCGCCACCACCAUCUCUAUCUGCACCCUUGCCUUCUACUCCGCCACCUUUUAGCUAUGUUUCACCACCAAAUUUACCAUCAUUCUCACCCCCUCAACCACCAAUACUAUCACCUCCCGCUCCUCCUCAACCGUCAUCUCCCCUGCUAUCACCACCACCUUCACCUCCUCUAUAUUUACCCCCUUUGCCGCGACCUCCUCAAGUACCACCAUUACUAUUACCUCCCACUCCUCCUAAACUGUCGCCUCCCUUACUGUUACCACCUUCACCUCCUUUAUAUUUAACCCCUUUGCCAUCACCCUUUUCAGUACCACCAUUAUUAUCACCUCCCGCUCCUCGACGGUCAUUUUCCCCGCUAUCACCACCACCUUCACCUCCUCCAUAUUUACCCCCUUUGUUGCGACCUCCUCCAAUACCACCAUUACUAUUACCUCCCACUCCUCCUAAACUGUCGCCUCCCUUACUGUCACCACCUUCACCUCCUUUAUAUUUAACCCCUUUGCCAUCACCCUUUUUAGUACCACCAUUAUUAUCACCUCCCGCUCCUCAACGGUCAAUUUCCCCGCUAUCACCACCACCUUCACCUCCUCUAUAUUUACCCCCUUUGCUGCGACCUCCUCCAAUACCACCAUUACUAUCACCUCCUCCUAAACUGUCGCCUCCCUCACCACCUUCACCUCCUCUAUAUAUACCCAUUUUGCCGCCACCUAUUCCAGUACCCCCAUUAUUAUCACCUUUCACUCCUCCUAAAAUAUCGCCUCCCUCACCACCUUCGCCUCCUCUAUAUUCACCCCCUUUACCAUCACCUUUUUCAGUACCACCAUUACUAUCACCUCCCGCUCCUCCUAAAUCGUCAUCUCCCCUACUAUCACCACCACCUUCACCUCCUAUAUAUUUACCCCCUUUGCCGUCAUCUCCUCCUCAACGGUCACCUCCACCCAUAUCACCACCAACAUCACCUUCACCUCCUUUAUAUUUAUACCCUUUGCCAUCACCUCUUUCAAUACCACCAUUACUAUCACCCCCUACUCCUCAAUUGUCGCCUCCUUCACUAUCACCACCAGCUCCACCUUCACCUCCUCUAUAUUUAUCCCCUUUACCAUCACCUUUUUCAGUACCACCAUCAUCAUCACCUUCUGUUCCUCCUCGACAAUCACCUCCCCCUCUAUAUUUACCCCCUCUGGGGUCACCUCUUAAACCAACGCCACCAAUAAGCAGUCCUCCGCCUUAUGGAACACUACCACCAAAGACUAAGACUCCUUAUUCAUAUGUAUCACCACCUCCACCUUCCUCACCUCAUGUUCAUAAAUCUCCACCUUCAGUUUCUCCAUCACCUACUCCUUCGCCACAACCUUUUCCAUCAAUCUCUCCCAUGACACCUCCUCCAUCUCCUUACACCUCUAAUUCCCCACCUUCAAUUUCUCCAUCGCCAUCAAACAAUGCAUGCCUUACACCACCACCAUCACCUUCUACUCCAACUAGUGACCCUCCUCCAAAUUCUCCAUCAAUUUCCCCUACUAAAGCACCUCCUACACAACCGUCUCCAUCCCCUUACGCCUACAUAUCCCCACCACCUCCUUCACCAUUACCUCCAUCACCUUUGUCACCACCCCACCAUCACUCUCACCACCGCCAUCACCGCCACCACCAUCGCCACCACCAUCGCCACCAUCACCAUCAUGCACUAUGUCGUUCAUCUCCGCCACCUCCUGUCUUUUCUCCUCCACCAGCUUACGCGUAUUUAUCACCACCACCGCCACCAUCUUCUCCUUUUCCAUAUCUUUAGACCAUGUUCUAGCUAGUUGUCUACGAUGAGUGCUACCAUCUUAUUUGUAGCGAAUGUGCUUUAUUUCAGUUGAAUAUAUGCUCAACCUUGUGAAAGUUUCGCAUUCUUACUUAAUUCUCAUUCUUGCAUUAUUUAACAAAAAAUUUCAUAAUCCUUGGACUGAUUUUAAUAAAUUCACUUGCACCCACAAUAUAUAGUUAUAGACUUAUAGUUUAAGUCUCCAUUGUUAAUAAAAUUUCCAUUCAAAAGAAACUAAGUCACUGGAUAAAAAAUUCAUGCAUUAGGCACUUGAUAAAUAUUAAGAUAUUUUAACUAGUGGCAUACAUGAAGACUUUCAUGUAAUAGGUUCUUCCGCAACUGCUUUACUUGUCCUGUGAAUCUUCAUUUUAACCGGGGAGCCCAAUUACAAUAUCAAUAAAAUUGACUAAUCUGUACUGUUAGAAUUGCUUUUGGAUUCGAAAUAUCUGGAAUUCGAUUUCAUGAAUACGAUUGAUCAUCAGAAUUGACGACAAGAAUGUAUACCAACCAAUAUUUAAGAGUAAUUAUGAUCGGGGACAGCUCUCAACGGCCACCAUCUCUUUUAUUCAAAAACAAAGUGGCCGGUGGUCACUUCUCAAACCAACGUCCAUAAUGCCCGUGAACAGGCCCCAUUAACAAAACGUCACAAUCUGCAAUUCCAGUGCAAUGCUUCUACAAACUUUGCCUCCAUAAAUAUCAUCAAUUCUACCCAUCCUUAAAUCUCAUAGCCAAACACAACUCUUGUGUUAUCUGCUCUCUUUUUUAGUCUCUGCAAAUAAUCUACAUAAUUAUUACCGAGGGAUGGAGAUGACCAGGACUUUGCUCUUCUUCUUUGUUGCGGUGGCUUAUCUUUCCCUCACAGCAGCUCAAGAUAUGGAUUUUGCUCCGGCGCCAACACCGGUAUCAAUGCAGUCUGCAGCCACCUUCCCUGUCUGCAGUGCUACUUUGGCUCUUGUUUCGUUGUUUGUUACACUUCUGUGGCAGUAGAAGAGAUGAUCCGUAUCAAGACACAGCAUAUCGUUGUGUAAUCUAUGCAUCUACUCUACUAGCUAGUAAUGUGUUCGAUUGAUUCGAUGUCCUACUAAUAUCUGAAUCGGAUUUUCUAGGCUGUACAAAAAUCUUCUACCUAGAUAAAAAGUAGUUGUCAGUGUGUACCGAUCUAGAAAUACAACAGGUGUUGUAAUAUAACAUAUGUCACUCAAUUGCUGAAAUAUCUGUUAAUCUGUUGGAUUUCGUGGAUGAUGAUUUCUUUGUACGAAUUUAAGAAAUGAUAGAGUAAUUGAAUCAAGGCACUGUAGGUAUCAGUUUAGACGAUUUAUAGAGCAAAAUUAAAAUUAUUGUGUUUGAAUUUCGACUUAA